AUGGCAGCCGAGUCCUGCGGCAGCCGCGGCGCAUCGCCCCCGCCUCAGCAUCCGUCCUCCGCCAGCGGCGGCGCGGCCGGGAGGCGGCGGAAGGCCGAGGCCUACCGCGAGGUGCUCCGCCGGAUCCGCGGAGGUCCGGCGGCCGAUGCCCGUCCCGGGUUCGACGACGAGCUCUGGGCCCAUUUCCACAGCCUCCCUGCCAGGUAUGCGUUUGAUGUGAAUAUCGAGCGGGUUGAGGAUAUUCUGUUGCACAAGAGAUUGCUUGAGGAGGCCCGUGAACCAAUGAAUGGGCUGGUCUUUGAUGUUCGCCAUUCACAGAUUUUUACAGUUGACGGAAGCACUGAAGUUGAUUCAGCAACUUCCAUUAAGAAAGAGGAACAAGAUCCUCAAUGCUCAGCUUUUGCAAGUGAUCAAAGGCCUCUGUAUGAAGUUAUAUUUGCAUGUGAUGAUAAGCCAAAGCGUCUUAGUCAGCUAACAUCUCUAAUUGGGGAGCUUGGUCUUAAUAUUCAAGAAGCGCAUGCAUUUUCCACAAGCGAUGGUUAUUCUUUGGAUAUCUUUGUUGUCGAUGGCUGGAAGUAUGAGGUUGACGCUCUACGAAAUACAUUGAGGAGGGGAAUUGAAGAAAUAAAGCACAGAGCAUGGCCAUUGGUUCAUUCCACGCCUGUUAGCAUGGGCCAUCAGCUCUUGGAGGAUUCUUCUCCAGCUGAUUGUGUCCAGAUACCAGCUGAUUCAACUGAUGUUUGGGAAGUUGAUCCAAGGCUUCUCAAAUUUGAGCGAAAAUUAGCAUCUGGGUCAUUUGGUGAUCUAUACCACGGGUCAUAUUGUAGCCAAGAUGUUGCAAUCAAAGUACUCAAGCCUGAGCGGGUUAGCGUCGAUAUGCUACGUGAGUUUGCACAGGAAGUAUAUAUAAUGAAAAAGGUUCGUCACAAGAAUGUUGUGCAAUUUAUUGGUGCAUGCACUAGACCACCUGUUAUGUGUAUAGUUACAGAGUUCAUGCGUGGAGGAAGCAUCUUCGACUAUAUUUACAACCAUAGAGGCAGUUUUCAGCUCUUAGAUGUGCUAAGAAUUGCAUCCGACGUGUCCAAGGGAAUGAACUACUUACAUCAGAUUAACAUUAUCCACAGGGAUUUGAAGACUGCAAAUCUUCUCAUGGAUGAUCAGGUUGUUAAGGUUGCAGACUUUGGGGUAGCAAGGGUCAAAGACCAAUCUGGAGUUAUGACUGCAGAAACAGGAACCUACCGAUGGAUGGCUCCUGAGGUCAUUGAACACUCGCCCUAUGACCAAAGGGCAGAUGUUUUCAGUUUUGGGAUAGUUCUUUGGGAGCUGAUGACCGGAAAGCUUCCUUAUGAAGACAUGACACCUCUUCAAGCAGCUGUGGCUGUUGUUCAAAAGGAUCUGAGACCUACCAUUCCUGCUGAUACUCAUCCUAUGCUUGUUGGUCUACUCCAGAAAUGUUGGCAAAGAGAUCCAGCUCUAAGACCAACCUUUGCAGAGGUUCUAGAUAUGCUACACUCAAUAAAUGAGGUGGUUCGAAGUUCAGGGCAUCACAAGAGGCGUCCAGGACGAUCUCACUCGGGGCAUAGUUGAAGCAGCUGUUACGACAGCUUUUUUUUGUAGUGUUCUACGCCUUUCAUUCUAUAGUCCUUUGAAUCUUUGGUAGCAAGGUUAUUGUGUAGCCCUUUCCACGAGGGGAGUAAGGCGUUCUUUGUUGUAGUUGAGUGGUAAUUUUGGAUUGAUCUCGUGGGUUUGUCAUGUUGAUGGGCUGUGUCAAUUUUUGGGUAAAUCUUCACGAUAGCUGUUUGUUCCCUUUUUGAGGUUUGAGCCUUUGAGGAACAUAUAUAUAUAUAUUAAUGUACCACUGAUCUUUCACCAUGAA